AUGACUUCACUCUCCGCUCCAAAAGAGCGAUUAAAUAGACGAGUAGAGAUCCAUCAAGUUAGCACACAUACGGUACCUCCUUUCACCACGCCUCCCACCACGAGGAAGCGAAAGGCGGCCCUGGCGGCGUCUCCCACCCCUACUACCGCCACCCAGUCUCGCAGCCGCUCACGAGCCGCCACCGCGACGGAAUCCUCCUCCGCCAGUCCCGACACUAAGCCCGUUCGCAAGAGGCAGAAGAAGACCAAGGCUCAACUUCCUGGUUCCGGUGCUGAAUCGGAUUUGGAUACGCCCAAGUCCGAGAAGGAGGUUUUGGAGCUCCCGGUGGAGGAGAGGCUCAAGGCGACUGAUCUGGUCACCCCAGCGUCAACAACCAUGGAGUCCGACGACGAUUUCAUGAGUAUCGCGUCGAGUGCCGAUGACUUUUUGGGUACCCAGGGUAGUGACGAUGAGAGUUUAGGAGAAGACUUCGGCGAUGACUUUGACGGCGGAUUCUCAAAAGAUAAAGAUAUCUUCUCAAACGAGCAGAAACCAUACGAGGUCGAUUUCAAAGUGCUGACCCCCGAAGACAUCGAACGAGAACAGAACCUGCAGGUUAACGAGGUCUCAUCGAUCCUCGGCUUGCCGCCAGAGUCGUCGGCUAUUCUGCUGCGAUUUGGCCGAUGGAACAGGGAAAAACUGAUCGAGUCGUACAUGGACCACCCGGACAAGACACUAGAGGAAGCAGGCCUCGGGACCAACUUCGACACAACACCAAAAACUGAGGUGGUACCAGGCUUCAUGUGUGAUAUCUGUUGCGAAGAUGGCGAUGAUCUUCAGACGUAUGCUAUGCGCUGCGGACAUCGUUUCUGUGUUGACUGCUAUCGACACUAUCUCGAGCAGAAGAUCCGGGAAGAGGGCGAGGCUGCUAGGAUACAGUGUCCGGGUAAUGAUUGCCAUAUGAUUGUCGAUUCAAAGACUUUGAAUCUACUUGUUACGGAUGAUCUCAAAGACAGAUAUCGGACACUGUUAAUGCGGACCUACGUCGACGACAAGGAGAACCUGAAGUGGUGCCCGGCUCCGAACUGCGAGUACGCAGUCGACUGCCACGUGAAGCAGCGUGAGCUCCAACGCAUCGUACCUACAGUACAAUGCGGCUGCAAGCAUUGCUUCUGCUUCGGAUGUACUCUGAAUGACCAUCAGCCUGCACCUUGUAAACUCGUCAAGAUGUGGCUACAGAAGUGCGAGGAUGAUUCUGAAACAGCCAACUGGAUCUCAGCGAACACCAAGGAAUGCCCCAGGUGUCAUUCGACUAUAGAAAAGAACGGCGGUUGCAACCACAUGACAUGUCGCAAAUGCAAGCACGAAUUCUGCUGGAUGUGCAUGGGCCUAUGGUCAGAGCACGGCACAAGCUGGUAUAACUGCAACAGAUUCGAGGAGAAGUCGGGUUCCGAGGCUCGGUCAGAACAAGCGCGCUCUCGAGCAUCAUUGGAACGCUAUCUGCACUACUACAACCGAUACGCCAACCAUGAGCAGUCCGCCAAGCUGGAUAAAGAUCUGUACCUGAAGACGGAAAAGAAGAUGACAAGUCUACAGUCCUCGUCGGGUCUCUCCUGGAUCGAAGUACAAUUCCUUGAUACUGCAUCUCAGGCGCUGCAGCAAUGCCGACAAACACUCAAGUGGACGUACGCCUUUGCUUACUACCUGGCCCGGAACAACCUGACGGAGAUCUUCGAGGAUAACCAGAAGGAUUUGGAGAUGGCGGUCGAGAACCUCAGUGAGAUGUUUGAUAACCCGGUUGCAGAAUUGGCGAGACUCAAGGUGGACAUCUUGGAUAAGACAGCAUACUGCAAUAAACGGCGGGUGAUCCUUCUGAGCGAUACAGCAGAAAAUCUGAAGAACGGGGUGUGGCAAUUCAACGUUGAAUGGUAG